AACGAAAACGAAUCGCGUCGUGCCGUUGCCGUGCUCCGAUUGUAACCAUGCGCUGGUAAACCGUGAUCUUCCGUAGGCCAACUACCACCGCCAACUCCGUUCAGGAUCGUUGGUCGCUGUGUGAACUGUUUGUGAUCGUACCGUGGCGAAGCUUCCCCCAGAACUGCCUUUUUGGUGGCCAAUAAAGUGCACCAGAAAAUCGCAAGGAUCACAUGGAGCUUGAGUGACGCAAAUUUGAAGGACACAUAUUGAUCAAGUUGCAAACCUGCCUCACCAACGGUUCCGGUUACGACGCUUCACCCGAAACGACAUUGAGCGCGCACGGAUCACUGACGGUGCCUGGUCACCAGCGGAACGGACCGUUUGAUUCAACGCCUGCACGAUGGGGGUUAUUAUUUCAAGAUUUCGGAAAGAGAAAACUACGCUCGAAGUGUUGGAUAAAUUGGAGGAAAAGAUAAAAGACAUCGAAGCGUACACGAUAAGCACUCAGGAGCGGCGAAAGCGGUUCGUGGGGCGAUUUCUGGUCACCUCCAUCGUGCUGUACAUUCUCGGGUCGCUCGUGUUCUACUUUGCAUUCUUUCCACCAACAUGGAACGAACGGAUUGUUCACUCAGUUCCCCUACUCAUUUGUCCAAUCAUCAUCUUCAUCGUGAAGCGCGUUCUCGCUUGGCACUACGAGAGGAAGGUGCGCCAGAACUCGAACAAGCUGAAAGACUUGCGCACGGAGAAGAAGAAAAUCCUCGAGAAGGUGAUGGAGAAGGAAACGUACAAGGUGGCGGUAGAGAUUUUGGACAAAUACGGUGACAAAUCGCACCGGUUGCAGACGCAAGCGUUUAAUGCUACCCUAACGGCACUUCGUUCUCCGGCGACCAGCGGCACACCGAAGCCGAUCCCGGUAGGAAUGCCAUCGCCACGCCUUCCCGCACCUAGCGUGCCGCAGAGACAGGUCUCGCCACCGCCGAUGGGAGGUGGUAGAACCAGCACACCGAUGACGCCACAGGGCCGGCCGGUAAUGGCCAUGCAAAUGCCGCGGACGGCUCCGGGCGGUAUGAUGAUACGGCCGUCAUUCCCGCAACCAUAUCCGGUUCGGCAGAGUCCGACACCGUACCGAAGGACACCGUUCCCUAUCAUCAAUCAGAACGCAAAAGGGGUGGUGGAGAAGAUGGUCGACUAUCUGGUCGGUGAUGGUCCUUCGCACCGGUUCGCGAUGAUCUGCAGCGAAUGUUACAUGCACAAUGGUAUGGCGCUCAAGGAGGAGUACGAGUACACGGCGUUCCGCUGUGCAUUCUGCGGUACAUUCAAUCCGGCGAAAAAGCAGCGUCCGAUGGCCCCUCGGCUCUCCCUGGAUCAGCUUGAGAAGCUUCAGGCGAAGCAAGAAUCAAGCGAGGACUCCGACGGAGAGGAGGGCGAGGACAGAUCGUCCGCCUCGUCUCAAUCGGGCGAACCCCGCAGUCCGGGCGUUGGAGAGGAAGGACCAAUUGAAUCUGAGUUGGAGCUUCAGAACACAGAAGCUCGACAACUGGAACCAGCACCUUCGAACGAAGUAUGCGAUACGGCGGAUACGGAAGGCGAACCGCAAACGGCUGAACAGCAGGAAGCCACCGAUUCGCUUGUCGAUACCGGUGCGCAGGAAUCGAACGAUACCGUUAAACAGGAAGUGCCAACCAGACCAGAAACCGUGGGCUCGAAAAAACUUGACUGAAUUUUCUUACUCUCUCCCGUACAUUGCUCUUCGAUUCGUCCUUCAGGGCUAGUGGGUGCAUGACGAUAAUUAAGAUUUAAAAGCGUGUGCACUCAAUUUUCCUCAUUUUGUAAUAAACACACACCGACACGCGCUAGUUUCACGAUUCACAGCGAUCGCUUGCGAGGGCGCUACGGUUCCAUGCAUUUAGGCAAACAGGCAGGCAGUGUCCGGUUAAACAGCUUAAACUAGUCAGAAAUGUCCCCUAGAUUCGAUUGAUUGUGGUGGUCCUGAAUGUGUGUUGUUUCGGUUUCUGUUUCGGACGGUGGUCAGACUGGUCGUGAAAUCAAUUGCCAACUUUAAAACAUGUGCCUCGUUAGUGGAAGGAAAAAGCAUUAAAGUGUCACUUUCAGUUGUAGCAUUUUUAAAGGGAAUAGAGUAGUUGAACCGCGCGCGCGCCAAAGGAAGUCAGCGUUUUUGGUAAAUGGGCCAGAAAGUACUAGGAAAAUUCUUAGGGAAUGGACAAAGACUCGUUUUGUUGAUGGUUCUUAACUCUUGUUGUAAUUAUAGUACUUAGCUUAAGGCAUCGCAAUAA